CAGUGACCUUUCACCUUGUGGAAGGAUGAAGCCACAGAGCCAAUAAACUAGGUUCUAAUGUGUGCAGCACAUUGUCUUCUUUUAGAAGGGAAUCACAGAACCUUUUUGGACCUGGUGAAAAUGAGCCUUUCAAUAUUGCAUUAAUGCCUUACCAUAUUGAACUAUGUCAUGAUUACUUAGAAUAAACAUGAGGAUGCCUUAUUUCAAUAGGACUCAGUGUUAGUGGUGCCUUUGGUACUUUACGAAGAAUAUUUCCAGAUAUAUCACAGACAUUAAGCUUUUACCUCCUGGCAUAAAAGAUAGACUGAUAAGAAUAAUGAGCGUGAAGGGGCAGAUAACAGAUUCAAAUAUAAGUGAGAUUUUACAUCCUGAAGUCCAAACUCUAUAUCUACAGACCUGUGAUAUUUCAGAUACUGCUCUCUUGCACCUGUGUAACUGCAAAAAACUGAAAGAAUUAAAUUUAAAUUCCUCGAAAGAAAACAGAGUUUCUAUAACCUCAAAAGGAAUAAAAGCUGUGGCUUCAUCUUGCUCAUACCUUUAUGAGGCUCGCCUGAAAAGAUGCUGCAAUCUUACUGAUGAAGGAGUGCUUGCCCUUGCACGCAGUUGCCGUCUGCUCAAGAUCAUCGAUUUAGGUGGCUGCUCACGCAUUACUGAUGUGUCCUUACGUGCAUUAGGAGAAAACUGCUUAUUUUUGCAAUAUGUUGGUAUUUCAGCUACUCAGGUGUCUGACAAUGGUGUGGUUGCGCUUGUCAGUGGACCCUGUGCCAAGAAGUUAGAGGAGAUCCAUAUGGAACAUUGUGUGAAUCUGACUGACGAGUCUAUAGAAGCUGUCAUUACUCGCUGUCCUCAGAUCCGUAUAUUACUGUUCCAUGGGUGCCCCCUGUUAACAGAUCAUUCCCGAGAAGUCUUGGAGCAAUUAAGAGGCCCAAGCAAAUUAAAGCAAGUGACAUGGACUGUUUACUGACGCUUAUUGAAGCUGUGCUCUCCAUACUACCAGGAAAUGGUGGUCUUGAAGAUUGACUUUCCAACACACAGUGUGGUUUGUGACUUACCAGACUCUUAAACAUUUUAAUAGUGCUGUUAUUCUGUGUUUGUUUGAUGAGUCAUUGUUUUUGAAUGGUAAUCCUAGCAUGCCUUCUGAUGGGUUUGGGGUGGGCGGUGAGGGCAGUGUUUGUUUCUUAAAUAACAAUGUUUGUAAAUUA